AUGCGUUUUCAACUCUGCUGGAGCAUUCUUGCUCUCGUCGUGAGCUUCGUCUCCGCACAAAAUGCAAGUAGCAUUCUCUCCCUGCUCGAAAGCACUACAACAUGUGCUGGCUGUGAAGUCGUUCUACUCGCCUUGAAAACCCUCGCUCUACUAGGCGACGAUGCUUUCGUCAAUACCAUCACCACCGUCUGUGUACUUGCGCAUCUCGAAGAUGAAGAUGUUUGCAAGGGUGCCAUCGCCUCGGAAGGUCCUAUCAUAGCUCACGAUCUCCGAGGGAUGAUCAUUCCUUCACAUACCGCGCAGACCUUUUGCACUUCACUUCUAGGAUUAUGUCCUUAUCCUAAUGUAAGGCCAUAUCAAGUGAAAUUUCCGAAACCCAAGCCGAAUGCCACCCGACCAGCUUCAAGUGGUCAACCGCCGUUGCAGGUUGUACAUUUCAGCGACAUCCAUAUCGAUCUGGAUUAUGAAACGGGAAGCAAUUACAAUUGUACCAAACCAAUCUGCUGUCGACCAUAUACCGCCGCCGAUGCGCCUGGAAAUACUUCUUACCCAGCGGGACCUCAUGGUAAUCAUCAAUGCGACACUCCCGAAUCACUCGAGCAGAGCAUGUACAAUGCCAUUGAGCAAUUCGCUCCCGAUGCAAGCUUCGGUCUUUUCACAGGCGAUAUUCCCGACCAUGCGAUCUGGCUUGUGGAUCGACCGGAUGUGACCAACGACAUUCAGACGGCAUAUGCUAAGAUGGCAUCAAGACUCGGAAUGCCGAUCUAUGCGACGGCUGGAAAUCAUGAAGCGGCGCCUGUUAAUAGCUUCCCUCCUGCAGGCAUCAUAGGUGCAUCAAGCAGUCAAUGGGUUUAUGAUGCCUUGUCGACGGCGUGGACGCAAUGGAUUGGACCAACUGCAGCAGCUCAAGCCGACUCAUACGGAGCUUAUUCGUACAAGCGUCCCGGUAGCAAUUUGCGUAUCAUUUCCAUCGAUACCAAUUUCUAUUACUCUGUCAACUUCUGGUUGUAUGAACUGCGCAUAAGAUAUGAUCCGAAUGGUCAGCUUGCUUGGCUGGUCAAUGAAUUGCAACGCGCUGAAGAUGCUGGCGAGCGUGUCUACAUCAUUGGACAUAUGCCGUUCGGUGUCGGGGAUGCUCUCCCAGAUGGGUCGAACUAUCUCAAUCAGAUCGUGAACCGCUACGAGGCCACCAUCGCUGCGAUGUUCUUUGGACACACCCAUUUGGAUCAUUUCGAGCUGAGCUAUCGCAACGGCUCUUCGCCAUCAGCAGACAGCGCCUCCGCCAUGUCCUACAUCUGUCCCUCAUUGACACCAACCUCCGGCGCACCCGCCUUUCGUGUCUACAGUGUAGAUCCCGUAACCUACGGCGUCCUCGACAUGACCGAAUACACCAGCAGCCUCGAGGAUCCCACCUUUCAAACCUCCAGCGGACCCAUCUGGAGCAAAUACUACUCCAGCAAAGCUGUCUAUGGGCCCCUCGUCGGCGUGACCGAUGCCUCCGCCGAGAUGACGCCUUCCUUCUGGCACCGCGUGACGCAAGCUUUCGAAACGAAUGAUGCUGCUUUUCAGGAUUAUGUCGCCCGGAAACGCCGGGGUUGGAAGGUCUCGUCCUGCACGGGAUCUUGCAAAACCGCCGAGAUUUGUCAACUCCGUGCUUCGGAAUCGCAGUAUAAUUGUAUCAAGCCGAAGCCGGGAUUGCAAUUCCGCAAGGCGAAGAGGGGUUCUGUCCUCGUUCAUGAGCAUGCUGGGACUUUGGAGAGCGAGUGUCAUGGGAGUCUGACGUCGGAGGUUUUGAGAGGUGCGAUUGGACGACGGCAGUAUACUCCGUGA